AUGAGAAGACCUCGCUCGAGACCGACCGACCUGGAGGAGGGCAGUGAAGUCGUGCGGAGUGAUAUACGGGGCAAACCGCAUCGCCGCCGCGAAAGCCAAACGAGAAGCCCGCAAAUCCCACCUGCGCCCACCUCGCAACGCCAACGCCCAACCGCCUCCAACAUGUUCACGAUGUCAACGGACAUUCCAGGCGCCACUUGGACUCGUUGGCCACCUUCAGACCAACUGCAGCACUCGAACUGCACCAACCGUCGUCUCUCCGUCCAUCUCUCCCUAGCCGUCUACCCCGACAAUUGA